AUGUCUCUUCCUAAGUCUACGACUGAGGUUCCUUUAACAGAAAUCACAGAAGCCGUCAAUCAAGACGAGGAACGAUGUCCAUCACUUGAAAGGCGCAGGUUGAUCGAUGAACUGGUCAAGAAACUAGACCUACCUCAAGGCUAUACUGGACUACUCAACAUUGAUCCAAUGUUAUUAGGAGAAGUGAAAGAAUUCGUCCUCAACAACCUCAGUAAACAUACCAAUUUGGACGCGUCUGACAUCGUUUUCAGAGUCAUCGACAUAUAUUGCGUGCGGCUUUAUGGUCUCUUUUUCCAUUCCUCAAAAAGCCACGUUAUAGUCAGUCAUUGGCACCAUACAGGUCUAGGCAUUUCACGACGUUUAGCAGAAUACUUGACUCCACAUGUUUCUGACGCUUUGCCCUUUGAUUCUUAUGACGAUACUAUUAUUAUUGACGACCACCUCCUACAAAAACCGACGUAUUUGCUCGAAGCACCACCAAGCCUUGUCAUUAAGGAGCGGAUUAUCUCGCUCCUAAAACGUGUUCCUGCCUCCAAAGCACCGGCGACUUCAAUCUCACCAAUACGAGCUCUGACUGGAGACAGAAUCGUUCCUUCGAGUAGCACAAACGACGUUUAUCUUUUUCCUACUGGAACAGCUGCCCAGUACCGAUUCCAUCAAUAUCUCAGCAAUUCCAACUACCACGAAUACAGCUCAGUCGCGUUUGGAAAGGUGUCUCGAGGUGUUCUUGAUAUAUUGCGUCGGAACGGCAACCGAGACAAGCAUUUCCCACAAGGUGACGACAAAGACCUGCUAAACCUGGAAGAGUUCUGCAAGUCUGAAGCUGCCGCGGAUCGUAGGGUUCAGGCUUUAUACGCCGAAUUCCCCUCUGCUUCCAGUCUCAUCAGCGCUAGGCUGGAGAAUCUCAGAAAGCUCGCGGAUAAAUAUGAGUUCGUUUUUGUCAUCAGCGACCUUUUUGGAAGCUUCGCGAAUGUUGAUAUCAUGGCUACUGCGGACGUCCUCUUAACAUCGUUAACGGGAAGUUUCAGCGGCUAUACAGAUGUUACAGGAGGCAGUCUGGUGCUGAAUGCUGACAGUCGAGCUGCUUAUCGAAAACUGAAGCCGUUAAUGCAGCGCAGUUGGCACAACGAGUUGUUUGCUGGAGAUGCAGUUGUACUGGCGAAUAACAGCCAUAAUUAUUUGCAUCGAUCGGCUAUUUUGAAUCAAAAUGCUGAGUCUGUCGCGUCUUUUUUGCAAAGCAAGGUACAUGAUUCGAAGACUAGUGUGAUGAAAGUCAAUUACCCGAAGUUCAGCGAAGCUCGAAGUUCUCAUGAGAUGUAUAUGCGAGAUCAAACGGGUCGUUUGGAUCCUGGAUAUGGCUGGUUUCUUACCCUUGAUCUCGCUGGGGCGGAUCAUGCGGUUGCGUUCUAUGAGUCCUUGAGGGGGCGAUUCGGAGUACACGUAAAUACUGGGGUAGUAUAUGUGGCCCUUUGUGAUGAGACAGAAUUCGAAUAUCCUUAUGAGAAAGGUACAGAGGAUCAAGGACGGGGUGGCAACAGGAUAUGUAUAGUAAUUGGCAUGGAGAACAUAGACGAGCUAGUUGAUUCGUUCAAACAGGCCCUCGAUGUGGCUGAUACUAUUAAGACUGCAAAUAAAUUAGCCAUAUAA